AUGGGGCCGUUUUAUCUGAUUUCUAUUCUAUUUAUCAGUUUGGGCACUGCUAUCCCAAUUAUCCCUAGGGAUAAUAACGGAAUCAUCGAUGGCCUCCUAGCUAUUGUGAAAGACGCGACCGGAGUUGAUCUGACACCCCACGAUGCGGGUGUUUUGGGGUCGGUCAACGGGGCCAUCGGCGGUCUCCUGAAUGAUGGCCCCAAAUCUAUCUUGACUAUCUUAGCUGGUGCGGAGCCAGUUUUUGAUGAGGUGAAAUCCGUAUUAGGAAUUCAGGAUCCGCGAUCGCUUGAAGAAAUUGUUGUGUCUUUGAAAGAGGCGGGGAAUGAAAAUUUUGACCAAAUCUGCCAACUACUGGACACGUUCCGCAGAGAGCAUAAAGAUCCUGCUGGAGGAACUAUCGACUCGCUAAGCGUGGGCAAUAUGCCCUCAUUAGACUUGACAUCUUUCAUCGACUCGAUGAUAAACUUGGUCGGACUACAAUGUCCAAGUGGUGCCGCCGCCGACCGCAACAUGUAA